AUACACGUCAGUUGUCACGAUACUCAUAACCUCAAAAGUGAAAGUUCGUCUGUUUAUCAACAAUAAUAUUAACAUUUUUUUAGUACAACAACAACAACAACAACAACGAGAUUUGACUUGAUGAGACCGUGGUUACAAUGUCGGUGUCCACAGACGUUGUCAUUAAGAAGGAAGUGGGCCCCCCUGAAGAAUAUUUUCUAGAAGAAGAUGAUAUUAAAAUUGAAGAAACGUGUUUGCAGGGUACUAGUGAAGACAGUUUUGUUCCUUUAAUUACGCCGACGACUGUGAUUGUCGAGCGAAAGUUGUCUGUUUGUUCAAUGUGCCAGUGUACUUUCGAGCGGAAAGCCAACAUCAAGCUGCAACAUAAGGAUGUUUCUAAAUGUUAUAAGUGUGUUUUGCACUCUAGGUUGAGCGAGGUUUUUAAUGUUAGGGCGAAACGGAAAAAGGGGAUUUGGUCACAAGCAGUACCACCAAAGAAGGCGUACUCUGAAAUCGAAGACCACGAUAGUGAUAGUAGAGACAGUGACAUAAUUAUCACCGACCCUGGAAUUAGUCAAAUCGCAAGCUUUUCAGUAAAAAAACUCAUGUAUGUGUGUGCCUUUUGUAAGACUCAGUUCGAAAGGACAGACUCUAGGGGGCUCCGAGAACCCGGCGACUGGUACAAAUGCAACCGCUGCAUCCUCCACUCUCGCCUCAACACAGUCUUCCAACCCAACAAACCCAAAAAACGCAAAUCAUCCUGAUCUAAUUAACUAUUUAUUAUAAUACUUGUCAUACAAUAUCACAAGAUUCAUGUAAGUACCUACUAAGUAUAUAAGUAGCUAAUA